AUGGGCACAGUGCCCGAAUCCAACCUCUUCACCUGGCCACCUACGAACCACCCGGCACCCCUCCCCCCUCCCACCGUCGAGUCCCCCUCGGUCAUGUACCCCUUCAACAUCCCGGGGCCGGCCUUCGUGUCUGCCCUGGACGCCCGCGUGCCCCUCACCAUCGCCACCGUCUACGCCGUGGCCGCCAAGCUGCUGACGCGGUACAACUUGUCGCGCGGGAAGCGCGCCUGGGCCAUCAGUCGGACGAGACCCUUCUUCGCCUUCGUCGUCCUGCAUAACGUCUUCUUGGCCGUCUACUCGGCCUGGACCUUCUGGGGCAUGCUCGGCGGCAUGAGGAGGAGCGUCGCCAACCCCUUCACCACUGGGGGCGGGGGCCUCGCCGCCACCGCUGACUCCCUGUGCCGCGUCCACGGAGGGCCCGGCCUCGGCAACUCCGUCUACUUUGACGACGCCUCCCGGAGCUGGACCUCGCUCUCCCACGCCGGCGGGCCCGCCGCCCCCACCCUCUCCCAGGACGGCCUGCCCUCCCCCCUGCAGCCCGGCCGCCUCUGGAACGAGGGUCUCGCCUACUACGGUUGGAUCUUCUACCUCUCCAAGUUCUACGAGGUCCUCGACACUUUCAUCAUCCUCGCCAAGGGGAAGCCCAGCUCCACCCUCCAGACCUACCAUCACGCUGGCGCUAUGGUGUGCAUGUGGGCUGGUAUCCGCUUCAUGUCGGCCCCCAUCUGGAUCUUUGUCCUCGUCAACUCGUUUAUCCAUGCUCUCAUGUACACCUACUACACCCUCACGGCCUUCUCCAUCAAGGUCCCCGUCUUCGUCAAGCGUACGCUGACCACGAUGCAAAUCACCCAAUUCGUCCUGGGCGCCUCGUUUGCCAUGGUCCACUCUUUCGUCUCCUACAUCAUCCCCCUGACCAUCACGCCCACGGACAACGUCGACGUUACCGCCGCCGCUGACGCCAACACUCUUGUCCCCUCCAUCGCCGCAGGCGCAUUCGACUCUCUCCGCCAGCUUGUCCUCGGUACCGCCGGCGACCACGCCCCCGUCAAGGCUGCCACCGCCUCGGCCACCGGGGCCACCGAGAUCAUCUACGUUUCCCAGCCCUGCAUCGUCACCGCCGGCGAGACUUUCGCUAUCUUCGGCAACGUGCUUUACCUCGCCCCCCUGACUUACCUCUUUGUCAGCUUCUUCAUCGCCAGCUACCUCAAGCGCAGCAAUGCUGCUAGCAAGAUCAAGGGCAAGGGCGCCUCGGGUCGUCGCCUGAGCAACGUCACCCUCGCCGAGAAGGCUGGCUGGGAUGCCGCCCGUGGCGUCGAGAAGGAGGUCUACGGUGGUGAGAAUAUGGUCAUGAACCCUUCUAGCUCCAAUGGAUCCCCUACAAAGUAG